UUUCCCAAUGAAAACGAUAGCUGAUGCACAGGAUUUUAUCUUCACACACGUGGAAUUGUGGACAUGUUUUAGUAGACUGAGCUGAAGGAGCCUGCACGCAUUCUACUUACCCUUAAGGUGCACCUAAAGUAGGCCUAGCCGCAAAGUAUUUUUCCUUUGCACAUGACCGGUACCGGGCUCCAUAUUUACUCGAUCUGUGCAACUCGUCUCAUUUUAACCAUUAUUUGGCAGAACCAUUUCCUUAUUUUGUCCUGUGGUCUUACGAGAAAACAAAACGCCAAAAGUAGAUAGGCGAACCUUUUAAAUUGAUCAAGCAAUUGCUUAGACUUGUAGGCCUAUUGGGAAUGCCUGCGACGACAACAGGUAUCAGCACUCAACAACAGUCGACCUGAGUAGAUUGAUACGGUUGCUUCAGAUUCAGCUGCAUAGCUGGCCUCAUGGAUAGGCAUAUCUCAGAGGAUGAGGAUUUUGAGGAUGCCAGUGAUCUUUUAGGGGAAGAGGAUAACUCGGUCGCAAACACAGAUGUUCCAGCUCCAGGUGACCUGACCUUACAGAGCAUCAGCACCCACUCUGCUGUUCUUAUUUGGGACCCACCUGAGGGGAUAGACACCUUUGGGCUCAGCUUCUUCACCAAUGGAGAACAGGCAGAGACCAGGACCACCAACUCCAACAGUGCUGAAGUGGAGAAGUUGAAACCUGGGACAGAGUACACCUUCAGUGUUGCCUCAGUCACAGAGAAGGAUCGGUGGAGUUCGCCAGUCAAUGUGACCACACACACUAAACCAGUUCCUCCAGAGAGAAUCCAGGUGAACCAUGUCAGUGCAGACUCCGUUUCCCUCAGGUGGGAGUCACCUGACUUUCCGGUAUGGGAGUACCAUGUGACCUGCUGGCAGGGAGAUGAACUCGUCCAGGAGAUGGCAACUAAAUCUCAAGAUGCUGUGCUCAACAGCCUGUUACCAGGUGUGAAGUACUCCAUUGCGGUCACAACUGUCCUUGAGAAUGGCAGUGAGAGCAAGAUGGCCACCAGAUAUGCACACACAAAGACCAAGCUGGAGGGCCUUCUGGUUGACUUGGGGCUGGAGAACCACUACAAGGAGAAGCUUUCUCUCAGCGCCGUCUUGCAGAUCAAUGAGAACACUGUCACUGAUGAAGCAGCCAUCUCCCUGUCAGCCCUGCCAUGGUGUUUCUUAAAGAGGUUAAUGAUGGUGAAUGUGACUGCCAGAAGUGUGAAGUGCUUUUCGCAACUUGAUGUGUGCUUAGAUAGCGCUGACUUUGAUAUUUACAAUGAUUUGGACAGCUUGGUGGAUUGCAUGGGCUCAAGCAUUGUAAUAAACCCUUUAGAUAUUGUGACUGCUCUGUUUCUGUGUUCCGAUGGCUUUCUGCAGCAGGAGAUGGCCUUGAAAAUGUCUAUGUGUCAGUUUUCAGUGCCUUUGCUUCUCCCAUCUUGUGAUACAAACCAGCCAAUGUUUAUGGUCUGGGCUUUGCGGGAUAUUGUUAAGAAGUUCAGACCACACUCUCUUGGGGAUCCUAGAGGAUUUGUAGAAGAGAGAAUUGUUCUCUCUUAUUUGCCAAUGAUUUCGUUUGUUAGGUUAGGUGAAUGUGGUUUUUCCAAAUCACAAAUCCUGAACAAAUUACUCAGCAACCCCCAGCAAUACCAUGACACCUUCCUUCACCAUGAUAUGGACUGUGGGGACAGUCCACGGAAGAUCUCUGAUGGAUUGGUGGAAAUUAGCUGGUACCUUCCUUGCGGGAACAGAAACAUUGAUAUUUUUCCUGAGCCAGUGACUGUGGCCAACUUGAGAGGUGACAUUCGCUCGUUUGAAACACAGUACUCCUUCUUGUGUCGGACAUCUUCAGCUGUUUUUGUCUUUUUUGACAGUUUGGAUACAGAUCACAAAAUAUUAACAACACAGCAUCACAAGGCACAGUUGUUCUUGGUGGGCAAUGCUCAAAACAAGAACUUCAAAAUGAACGACUUGAAGCUGGUUGCCUCUGAACUGCACUUGAAGAAAGCCAAUAUCAUUCUUAAAGUCAAACAAAUGAAUGAUGCAGACUUUGUCAAAAAUCUGCGUUCGAUGGUGACAAACUGGCUAAAGAGUGACCCAUCUAAAAUGCAGCUGGAACAGAUGACUGACAUUGCCCAUGAGCUUGGCAUCCAUGUGGAUGAGGACAACAGGGAAUGCCAGAAUGCUAAGAAAAAUGCUUUUGAAAUCACUUCAAAAAUCAAGGACACAUUACAGUUCAAGGACACCCAACUCCCCUUGCAAGGGAAUAUCUGGAAGGAGCUGGCAAAACUUGAGAAGGAGGAGUGCAGACUGAGACAUGCUGAUCAGAAUAUUGAGAAGUACAAGAGUGACCUUGAGACACAAAAGUUGAACCUCAGGAAAGAGCAACAGAGCUAUGACAUGUCAGAGGCCAUGACAUGUUUCCUUGGUGCAUUAUCAACUUCUAGACAAGAAAGGUCUUACUUUCUAAAAUGGAUGAGGAUGAAUUUGGACAACUUGUCUCGGGAAAGUCUCACAGGUCUUAGAGACCAAUACAAGGAAAAAUGUCAAGAUUCAGUUAUAAACAAAGAAGAAAUCAAAGAACUUGACAAACAGAUUUCCAAUAGUUAUUUGGGAAUUGAGCACUUUGUGCGAGAAAUGGGCCAGCUCUAUGAGUCCACAUUAACCCUGCCCAAAAAUUCGGAAGGCAGAAAACAAAUGAUGCAUUUGCCUGAACUGUGUGCCAAGCUACUGCUAGAUGGCUUUCCCUUGGAACUUGUAGAUGGGGAUGCCUCCAACAUACCAUUGAAUUGGGUGAGAGAUGUGUUACUGCAACUUGAUUGUCUGGUAAAGCCCAGAAACAAGAUCAUUGUGGUUACUGUCUUAGGGGUCCAGAGCACUGGAAAGUCCACUCUCCUGAACACUAUGUUUGGGGUACAGUUUGCUGUUAGUAGUGGGAGAUGUACUCGCGGGGCUUUCAUGUUGCUUAUAAAAGUUGGUGAUGACCUCCGUUGUAGGAUGGAUUGUGAUUACUUGAUGAUAAUUGACACAGAGGGUUUGAAGUCCCCAGAACUGGCUCGGCUUGAUGACAGCUACGAGCAUGACAAUGAGUUGGCCACGCUUGUGGUCGGACUCAGUGACAUCACAAUAAUUAACAUCGCCAUGGAGAACUCUACAGAGAUGAAAGACAUUCUCCAGAUUGUGGUGCAUGCGUUUCUAAGGAUGAAAGAGGUGGGAAAGAAACCAAUUUGUCAGUUUGUGCACCAGAAUGUGGCUGAUGUCUCUGCACAUGACAAAAACUUGAGGGACAGAAAGCUCCUUCUGGAACAACUAAAUGAAAUGACGCAAGCAGCAGCCAAAAUGGAGGGCAAGGAGGAGAACCAGAAGUUCACAGAUGUGAUGGAGUAUGACCCAGAAAGAGGAAACUGGUACAUUCCUGGACUAUGGCACGGAAAUCCUCCCAUGGCUCCUGUCAAUGCAGGCUAUAGUGAGGCUGUCUAUGAUUUCAAGAAGACCAUGAUCCAAGUGUUUGGAAACUGUAACACAUCUGGAAACAGCAUCAAGGAUUUCCUUGAGUGGACAAAGAGCCUGUGGAACGCCGUGAAGUACGAAAAUUUCAUAUUCAGCUUCAGGAACAGCUUGGUGGCAGACGCCUACAUGCGGCUAUGCACGGAGUACAAUAAAUGGGAGUGGGAUUUCAAGAAGCACAUGUACUCAUGGCUCACCAGCGCUGAAACCAAAAUCUCCAACUUUGAGGUGACCAAGACCGCUUUGGACAAUGACAUCAAUGACUUUCUAUCUCAGUUGAAAACCAAGGCUGUCCUAGAACUUGACCAGAUGGAAAAAGUUGUUCUCAACAGUCUGACAGAGUACUUCAAGCAGACAGAAGGACAUGUCUAUCUUGUGGAGCGAUACCGCGAGGUUUUUACCAGAAGUGUAGAAUGUCUCCGAAGAGACUUGGAGAAAUCUGUGCUGAGCAAACUUCAGAUGGCUGUUUCCAUUAGUAAGGGAAUGAACAAAUUGGAAAGUAUAAAAAAAAAACACACUGAUGUCAUGGAAAGUAAAGUACUGCAGCUUCUUGACAAAUGUAAAACCAGCAGUUCAAAGAAAACUGAUGCAGAGCUCUUGGAAAUCUUCGAGAAGAUGUGGGAAGAAACUGUGUCUGAGAUAGCCUUCCAUGGAUUGGAGCCAACGGACAUUGUAAGUAAUGUAUACCAUCACCUGAGGUCAAAUUUGAAACAGAGAGGAGGUACAGUGAACAAAAUGAUUAACAAUGUCAAUCUGUUAGAGUUGGGUACACAGCCCUUCACUGUUACUCCUGACAAUUUCAUCCGGAGGAUUGUGCACAGUGUCAAAAGCUUUUUCUCUGAUGACUACAAAAUGAUGGCCCAGGAUGUAGCAGACAAUCUCAUUCAGAAUUGCUUGUCAUUUGUUGAAGAGAAAUGUUGUGGAACAUCUGACUAUAAUGAAACUUACAUUCAAGAGAUCCUGCACAAGAUUGACAACACGCUAUCCUCCAAUCGUAAGCUUCACUCUUCAGAAAUAUUUGAAGUUUCUCUUAAACUCCAUAUCUGUGGAAUUGCUGCCAGACGUUUUCAGGACAUGCACAAUCGCUUCAUACAUGAUAAUGAUCCACAUAGGUGCCUCCAGCAUUUCAAAGAAAAGUACUUUGCAGAUUUCAAAGACCUGUACAAUGAGCGAGACCAGUGCAAGAGGAAAGCAGAACAAUUCGCAAUGUUGUGCCUCAAACCUGCUGUGGAGUCUUGGGUUGCAGCCUCUCUAGGUCCAGACAUAGUUGAUGAAAUGUUGGAGGGAAAAAAUGCACUACAGUUCAGCACUAGAACAUCUUUCCAGUAUUCAAUCCUGAAAGAGCUUCUCUUGGAAUGCAACUUUGAUAAGUAUGUCAAAUACAUCCGUUCAUACGAGGACUUUGUGAAGGAUUGGAUAUCUGACCAGAUCAGGGAGCACUUGGGAAAUGGAAAUAAGAUGUCACAACUGGAGGACAAGUACUUCAAGACGAUCUCAAAAGAAAUCCUCAAGGCUAUUCAGACCGCCCAGGGGAAGACCCCUUCAGAGACCACUGUUAAGAACUUCAUUCAAAACAUUUGCAGAGAACUUGAAGGAAAACUGGCCAUUCCUAAGGAUGCACUUGAUGCCGUCAUGGCUCUCAGCAAUGCGAAGGUUGAACCAUUUGCCCAAUCGCUCUCAGGCUUCAUUGAGGACAUCGAAAAGUCACUGAAGGAGAAAUUCCUAAAACUAGAUGUUAAAACAAGACUCCAAACUCUCAAGCUGAAACCACAAGAUGAGCUGUUCAAACGAGUCUUCGGAUGUGGCCAGCAGUGUCCAUUCUGCAAAGCACCCUGCGAAGCUGGUGGGGAGGCUCACACAGAUCACUGUGCUUCAAUCCACAGGCCUAAGGGUCUGGGUAUGUACCGAUGGGAACAAAGUGAGAAACUACUCAUUGAUAUUUGCUCCUCAUCUGUGUUCAGUGACAAUCGGUUCAGAUGCUUUGAGACAAAUUAUCAGUGGCAUCCUUAUAAGAAAUAUCGUGAGAUUUACUCUGAUUGGCACAUUCCAGCAGACCCCAGUAUUCAAGCCUCAGAUUACUGGAAAUAUGUCAUGGUAAAAUUCAACACACAGUUUGCAGUUAUCUACAGGGCAAAGCCAGCUGAUAUUCCCACUGCUUGGCAAGCAAUCACCAAAAAGCAGGCUGAGGAUAGCCUGAAAGAGUCCUUUAGAGUGACCUAAAUCACACCAAGCCUAGUUUCAGUGAGCAGUGAUGUACACUGAUUGUCUGAACUUGAAUGAUCCUUCAAAAUAACCUGUAGGUGGAUUAGUGAGUGGUGCUGAUUUUCCUUUUGCUCUUUAUUGUGUUCUAGUUUUUCUAUUUUUUUAGUUUUACUACACACAAAAAAAACUGAUUGCCUUCAAUGAUAAUGUUUUGUUUGAUACAGUGGUUUUUUUGUGUGAUUAUGAAGCAUGAUCAUAUGAAAAACUAUAACUGUGUGUCUUAGUACAAACAUAAAUUUUGUUCAUGUUUGUUAGGGUACCGUAUGGUAGUUGCAUCAUUAAAUACUCCCCAUAAUGUAAUCUUUGCUUCUGUUGCAAUAAAAUAUGUAAACUGUGAA